AUGUCGAAGCGGCGAGUCGCCUACUACUACGAUAGCGACGUCGGGGCCUAUACAUAUGGCCUAGGACACCCAAUGAAACCCCAUCGCAUCAAGCUCACCCACGAUCUCGUCUCUGCGUACGAUAUGAUGGACAAAAUGCAUAUUUUGAGACCGAAAAGAGCGACGUCAGAGGCCAUGACCGCAUUCCACACGGACGAAUAUGUUCAUUUUUUGAACAGGGUGACGCCUGAGACGGCGGAGGAGCUCACUUAUCAUGGAACAAGGUUCUUAAUUGGCGAGGACAACCCAGCGUUCGAGGGACUGUUCGAAUUUUGCUCGAUAUCAGCAGGGGGGACCCUAGGGGCUGCCCAAAGAAUAGCUUCAGGGGCAGCAGACAUCGCGAUUAACUGGGCUGGUGGACUGCAUCACGCGAAGAAACGAGAAGCGUCCGGAUUCUGCUAUAUCAAUGACAUAGUCCUGGGUAUCCUGGAACUGCUGCGCACGUAUCCCCGUGUUCUCUACAUCGACAUCGACUGCCACCAUGGCGAUGGCGUCGAGGAGGCCUUCUACACGACGGAUCGCGUUAUGACGUGUAGUUUCCAUAAAUUUGGCGAAUACUUCCCGGGGACUGGGACCCAAGACGACAAAGGAAGGGGAAAGGGGAAAGGUUACGCGGUGAAUGUACCGUUGAAAGACGGGAUAACGGACGAAAGCUUCAAAAGCGUCUUCGAGCCAGUCAUUGCCAAGAUCCUUGAAGUAUUUAGACCGUCGGCCGUGGUGCUGCAAUGUGGCGCGGACUCCCUAUCAGGGGACAAACUAGGAUGCUUCAAUAUCACAAUGCAUGGGCACGCCCAUUGUGUGCAAUUCCUUCGGAAACAGAACAUUCCCCUGAUCUUACUUGGUGGGGGUGGUUACACCGUGAAGAACGUUGCUCGAGCAUGGACCUAUGAAACUGCAUGUGCCUUAGGUAUAGAGGAUGAUAUCGACCCCAAUCUCCCUUGGAAUGAAUACUUUGAAUGGUUCGGCCCUCGGUACAGGUUGGAAGUAAUGGCGAAUAACAUGGAUGACUGCAACGUCAAAGACGGUUCUCUCGAGAAAGUUCGAAUCACUGCCCUAGAACAGUUGCAGGGUCUUCCGUGCGCUCCGUCGGUAGGCAUGCAUGACGUCCCUUCCGAAAGUGUAGGGGAACAUCUCGGGCUCCGCAAAGAAGAGGAUGAAUUGGACAAAAAAUUAGCCCAGCACGCUAGAUAUGUUUACCAGCUUCAAGAAUCGGAUGCCACGUCUUCUGAGGAGGACCAACCCGACUCCGAGGAGGACUCGGAAGAUUCAUCUGCAAGUCGACGAUACACACGAAGCGCUCACCGUGCUGCAGAACGUCGGGCUCCAAAGAAGCGAAUGUCGUUGAUCACUAAUCAAUACUAUGAUGUACCAGGACAAGAGGACGGCUUCAGCCACUACGAUUAUGGGGGGCCUUCGAAUCGCAAGGCCAAACGUAGAUUCUUCCAAGCCUCGACAAGUUGGGACCACGUAUACCCUACGGCCCCGGCAGAGUCCAUGCACAGUAGAGACCCCCUUCGAGUCCUAAACCCUGGCGGAAGGAAGGUGGCCGUGACUGAAGCAAUGGGACGCGGGGGACGAGGCAUCGAAGAUGUGAAUAUGGAUGAAGACAGGGAGUGGGACGAGAUGGAUCCAAAUCCGUAG